UUUCUGCUCCGAUCAGUGAAAGUGCGCUGCUGCUUUGCUUCUGGAAUCGAGUUUAUGUUUCAGUGGUAUGUUCAUUUCAAGUUUAUAUCGAGAAGAUUAAGGUUAAGGGAUUUCAUACUAAGAAGCUUCAACUUCUUCUAAAUGGCAAUGUCACUGGAGGAUCUUCUAGCCGAGGAGGGUUUUAAGGGAAGUAGCUCAAAGAGAAUGACCAGAGCUUCAUCUGGACCCUCUACAAGAAGAAUUCCAUCCUACCCAGCCCGGGAUGAACAUAAAUCUGGUGCUGCAACUCGUUUGAGGAAGACGGAUAGGGCGUAUUCUGAUGCGCGUCGAUAUGAUUUGCGUGUUGAAUCUCCAAUAACUGAUAGAGUCAAGAAUAGGAGAUCAUUAGAUAUUCUCAAAAUGGAAAAAUUGGAUAGAGGAGCAAGGAAUGAACCCAAGGAGAGACAUAUUAGAAGAGGUUCUCAAGAUACGCGGGAUGUUACUGGAUACAGUGUCGAUUCGUCACAACAAAUCUCGAUCGAUGAGAUAGUCGAGGUCAAAGAAGGUAUUCGGAGAGUUAAGGAUGGAACGCUAGACAAAGGAGGGUACAAAGAUAUUUAUUUAAAUGGAGUCUUUAGCCCUCCAAUAAGCAAAAAUAAACAAAAGUAUAGUCGAACCGGAGAAGAAGAGAGGUAUGAGAACAUUUCAGGUAAGGAUGUGCAGAUUGAUGAUGGCUAUGCUAAUGAUUAUGAUAAACAUCUUCCUGAGCUUGCUGGUUCUAGCGAUAAUUAUCAAAAAGGUGGGAAGCAACCUGGUUCAUCAUCUAGCAGAUCAAAUAAAAGUACACACAACAAAGAAAAUGUUCGUGACAGUAGGGUUCGCAAACCAGUUGAGAUUGAAUCUGUUGCUGAAGUAGCUCUAGAUGAUGUUGCCAUAAAAGCAAUGAUAUCUAUUUUGAGUGGUUAUAUUAAAUGUUUUCUCAAAGAUCAGGACUUCAGGACAUCACUGUAUCACAAUUGCUUUGCUGCCCUUAAUUCUUCCAAGUUAGAAGAAGAUAUAGUUGCUGAAAGCAAAAUUAUAUCCAACCUUGACCAAGCUAUAGAAACAGUUGAAAAAGCUGCAGAGAAACGUGCUAAUGCGAAAGAAUUGAAAAAAGCUUCCUUGCAGCUUAGCGUGAUCACAGGUCUAAAUGCAAAUGAUUUGAAAGAUGGAUUUACAUCUGGGAUUCCCAACUCCAUUUUGUCAGCUUGCGGUCACCUGUACUUAAGUGUGAUAUAUCAGCUACAGAAGAAAGAGCGGAUAGCAGCCAAGCAUAUCUUGCAAACUUUUUGUGAUUCUCCAUCUGCAGCACGGACCACGUUGGUACCUGAGUUGUGGGAAACUGUAUUUCAUCCUCAUCUAUCACAUUUGGAAGUGUGGUACAACCAAGAAGUUCAUUCUCUGGCGGAUGACCCACACAACACGAGGAAGCUAAAGCAACUUAAGAAAGUGUAUUAUGAGAUUUUAAAUUCGGGUACUUACCAAUUCGCAUUGUACUACAAGGAUUGGCUCACAGAUGGUGUUGAAGCUCCAUCAGUUCCUUCAAUCCACGUUCCAUCAGUUUCUGUUCAGGGAAAUCAGCAUGAGGGUGUAAGUGGACGCUCUUCAGACUUUGGUAGCCCAUCAUUUUCAUCUCAGCCUAUGGUCAGCAAGAAGUUAUAUGAUUCUGUAUUCGGGGGGAUGCACAAACAAACAACUGCUGAAGCAGAAGACUAUCACUAUUCACAAAGGUCGGAUGAUGAUAAAUAUAGCUUUGAUGGGUCUGUAGUGGAAGAUAAAAGGACGCUGACGCACUCUUUGGAAGAAGAUGAAUAUGAGGAUUUAGGUGUUAAAAGGGACAAGGAACCUUACCAGGAUGGAAUAAUAGGCCAAGAAGAACUGUUAGGAGGAUUUGGAAACUUUACCCUGAAGCUAGAAGAAUUGGGCAGCACUAGUAUGUUACAAUCGCUUCCAGUUUCUGAAGUCAAUGAACUUACUCUCAAGAGGCUAGCAAAGUUUGUCUUUGGACUGCAUCAAACUGAGAGAUCUGUUGAUGUUAUUGAAACUAAUCGGUUGUCACAUUCAGACGAUGCAAUAUAUCCUGAUUUUUCGCCAAUCGUAACAAAGCCAUUGGGUGAAGUUCUGCCUGGGAACUAUGCUGACGGAGGAGGACACUUUUUCUUGCAUAUCCCCCAGGAUUAUGUAUGCCCUCUAACCAAACUUAUUUUUGAAGAUCCCGUGACCCUAGAAACUGGCCAAACCUAUGAGCGUGCAGCUAUCGUAGAAUGGCUUAAUAAGGGUAACACAACGUGUCCUGUAACUGGGAAAACACUGGAAUGCCAAAUUAUGCCAUUCACCAACUCUGUCUUGAAACGAGUCAUUGAUGGCUGGAAAUCAAAGCACUCCAGGGAGAUAUUAGCUUCUGCUUCUCAGCCAGCAGGAAGCCCUGGGGAACAGAAAUACAAGGCUGAAGCAGCUGUUUUCAUAUUAGAGCAGCUUCUUACUGUUUUUGGUACAGAGGAAAAUACAGCAAACGCGAAGCAUCUACUUGCUCUUGGGGGUUUACAGUUUCUCAUUCGAAGAUUUGCAUAUGGAAAUUUGGAUGAAAGGUCUCGUGUAGCAGCGUUGCUGUCCCACUGUAUUAAAGCAGACUCUGGUUGCCGAAAUCAUGUGGCCAGACACAUUGAAAAGCAGGGUCUGCUUGAGCUACUGCACUGUAAGGGAAUAAAGUCAAGAGCAAACGCUGUGUUUCUUCUAUUUGAUCUGAUUUGUCUGAACAGGAGAAAAGAUGCCCGUUUUUUCUUAAAUGGCCUGCAUAAGGAACGUAUAGUGAGCUCAAUGCACAUUUUGCUACUCUUUCUUCAGAGUUGUUCACCCGAGCAAAGGCCCUUGGUUGCCGUGCUCCUGUUGCACCUGGAUCUUAUGGCAGAUGUAGAUCAACAGAAGUACAGUAUAUAUAGAGAGGAAGCUGUCGAUACCAUUUCAUCUGCUCUGGAUACCAGCCUUUCUAAUGAAAAGGUCCGAGAAACAUGUUGCAGUGCACUCCUUAUCCUGGGAGGGCAUAUCUCUUACUCUGGGAAGGUAGUGACAGAGGAUUGGAUCCUAAAGAAUGCUGGUUUCUUUGAUAGACCUGAGUCAGAUGCUCUAGAUGACAAAAUCUCAAUCAAAGAUAACAUUUUGCUGGAUAAUGACGAGGAAGAGGCUGUUGAAGAUUGGUUGAUGAAAUUGUCAGCAUCUCUUCUUGGUGAUGGGAAGAAGUCGUUUUUAGAUUCACUUUCCCAGUGUUUGAGUUCUGGACACCAAGAUAUGACUAUGGCGGGUUUGACAACAGUGGCGUGGUUCAGCUCUUCACUUGUUUCAUUACCUGGUUCUGAAUCCCAGCUCUCUUCAUUCUCAGUUCUUAUCCCUAAACUGAAAGAACACCUUAAAAAUAGCGAAUGGUUAGAGCACAAGAUUCUUGCUGCGAUGUCUCUGCUUAAUUUUAGCAAAAUCCCAGAUUGCAUGAACCUAUUGAUGAGAAUGGCCGAUGAGAUUGCAUCUCCUCUUAGGAACCUUUCAGAAGCAAGCUGGAUGGCGAAAGAAUUGCAUGCCUUCAUCUCUCAGGAAGAUCUGUGAUCAAUCUUCUUUAAGCAAUUGCCCUUUUCCAACAUAGCCUUUCUUAUUUUCUGAUUAAGGUCGAUCAUAUUGCCACCAUGAUCCUGCAUCAUCUUCUUAAAACUAGCAGGAUUUAUCAUGGUCAUGGACCGACAAAAAUACAUCAGAGUUUGGCGUUCUGUGCUAGUCUGUGCAUGACCCUUGGCGUACGUAUGGUUGGUUAUGGCAAUCUCUACUUGUGAAUGGGAUGGUGACUUCGCCUAGCAUCCACAGCUACUUCUUGUCUGUUGAUUUGUGGCGAUUUCAUAUGUAAAUGUGUUAAUAGACUACCACCCAUCUGUUUUCAAUUGGGUUUGAUCCUGUUUUUG